AUGAUUGUGUUUGAACGACGGGAUAAUGCCCACACGGGCAUUUCAUUUGCAAAAAAAGAACUUUUCAUGCUUCGUUUCAUCAUCUGCAUGAAAUUUUCAAAGCAGAUUCAAACAAAGUUUAAGUUUCAUGAAGCUCUAUCAAAUAUUCAAAGACUGUAAAAAGUUUAACGCUAACCGGUAGCGGUAUAAAGCGUAGUUUCGUCUCAAUAGGGGUUCAGUUGCCUCAUAGGAAGUUGCGCAAAGCGCAAGAAACAAUAACACAAUCUUCAAAAGUGCACGAUGGUGAUCAGGGACAGUGACUUCGAUGAUUCGCUGAGUUAUGCGUUGCUCCGCGAGGACAUGGGUACAGUUUGGGAUACAAGCCGAGAUGAGCGAAUGAUUGGAGGAACUAUGAAUCCGGAGCUAGUUCAUCGGGCUAAGGAACGCGCCAUACGGGCUCAACUUAAUUCUGCGGACGGAGAUACCUGUGAAAUACAUGAUCAAUUCUACCGGGAUCACAAACUGCUGCUGGUCCUAUUCCGAGCCCUAGCAGUCAUGCCGAUUCUUCGCAGCUCCCCCGGGAAAAUUACCUUCGAUUGGAAGUCUUGGGCUUCGAUUUACGCGUACUGUUUCUACACGUUCAGCACUAUGAUUGUGCUAGUGAUUGGUUACGAACGCGUGCAGAUCUUACAGCAAACCAAAAAGUUUGAUGAAUACAUCUAUGGAGUGUUGUUCUUGAUUUUUCUGGUCCCCCACUUUUGGACGCCUUUCGUCGGAUGGGGAGUAGCAAAGCACGUGGCUGUCUACAAAAGUAUGUGGGGCGCAUUCCAAGUUCGCUACUACCGGGUAACCGGAACAAAUCUACAGUUUCCUCAUUUGAAAAUCCUGAUCGUAAUUUUCUCCGUCGGAUGCUUGGUUUGCGCCAUUGUUUUUCUGCUUUCCCUGAGUUUUUUGCUGGAAGGCUUCACCCUAUGGCACACUACGGCUUACUAUCACAUCAUAACUACGCUGAACAUGAACAGUGCCUUAUGGUACAUCAACAGUCGAGGAAUUCGAGUAGCCUCGUCCAGUUUGUCGGAGCGAUUCCGCAGAGAUGUAGCCAUCGAGUGCACAGCCGCCAUGAUAUCCCAGUACCGCUUCCUCUGGCUCAACCUUAGCGAACUCCUGCAAUCACUGGGAAACGCCUACGCUAGGACCUACUCUUCGUACUGUCUUUUCAUGUUUCUCAACAUUACUAUCGCCAUCUACGGGGCCCUUUCGGAAGUCAUCGACCAUGGGUUUGGAUUUUCGUUCAAGGAAGUAGGACUGAUCGUCGAUACGAUCUACUGCUCUACCUUGCUGUUUAUCUUUUGCGAUUGCUCUCACAACGCAACCUUGCAGGUCGCCCAAGGUGUCCAGGAUACGCUUCUCGGGAUCAACCUGCUGAAAGUGGAUCAGCCCACCCAGAAGGAAAUCGACAUUUUUAUCUUGGCGAUCAAGAUGAAUCCGGCCAUCGUGAGUUUGAAAGGAUACGCCGAAGUUAAUCGGGAACUUCUCACUGCGAGCAUUGCAACGAUCGCCAUCUAUCUGGUGGUGCUACUUCAGUUCAAAUUAUCACUCGUUUCCCAACAAAUGCCGCCCGAACUGCUGGAGAACGUUAAAAAUAUGUACCAGAAAAACUAGUGAAGCAGCUGUUCAAGCGCCCAUUCAUCUUUUACUUCAAACAUGUGCAGACUCUUCUCGAUUUUGGCUUGGCACACAUGCGCCAAAAUCAAAAUGUGUUUUAGUUCAACAUCACCUAAUGUUUCUUUUUACUUGAAGAAAGGAGCGGUUCAUGCAACCAAAUACCUCUCCAUGCUAAAUUGUGUUCCAAUUGCUCGAUUCGUUCUCGAUUUAUUCAAUAAUUAGGAAAAACGUUACGAACAUAUUUCGCAACCUAUUGUCUAUAUCGACAAAACGAAACUCAGUCCGCGCUGCCUUAUUUUAUGAGUCAAUUUCAUCCUACGAUAUUUGAACACAUUUUCAUAUACAGUAAAACCAAUGUCCAACUACGUUUACCUAUACUUUGUAGAUUCUUUUCCCAAGCAGACCUUUAGUGGUAUGAAUAAGGUUUAGCAAUUGCUUUGGUAGCUUUUACGAAUAAUAGAGCUAUCCAACCAGCAGCAAAAAAUAGGCAAUAGGCGCGCAUUUUAAUUUAGAUUUUUUUUUAAAUCUUAGGAUUAUAAAAAAUUAUAUAAAAAUGAGAGAUGUGUAUAAUGUUUUAAAUUAUUACAAUUUAUUUCUUACUUUGAGCCAAUUGGGACUUCUUCCACUAUAGCCGGAUUUUUUUUAAUUUGAAAUAUUUCCUAAUUGAUUUGUUUUUUGUCAUCCUAGACGAAUGAUUUUAUACGGAUUUUAUAACGACAGGAAUAUGAAAAAAGUUGGGUUAUCACUUCGACUUUUCUUUAUCCAUGUUGAAAAUACCUUUUUGAAUUGUUUUGAAGUGAAAUAUUGCUAAUUUGAUAAGUUCAUGACGUUAUUGAAGAUUUUUUUAUUGGAAAAGUCUGCUACCGAGCAUGCUUAGAAAAUAAAGCAAUUGCUAUGAGAUUUGUCGAGCAAUUGCUUCAGAUUUGAGCUUUUUUCAUACCAAUCUAGCUUGUUCUAAAAGUAAAAGCUCCUGACUGAGAAAACAGCUGUCAAAAAAACUUUAUUCAUAACAACCGAAGCAAUUGCUUUAAGCGACUGCUCGACUGCUCGAUUCAGUUUAGCAAAAGCAAUUACUAAGUUUUCUUCAUACCACCCCUUAUGUCUAAAUCUAAAGCAAACAGUAGCCAAAAGGAGCUAUCGAUGCCAAAUUUUUCCCGAUGCAAAAAUUAGGUUUCAGUAAAGUAUCAAUAUACUGAAAUUCGAUGACAAACCAAUACCCAAUACCAAAGUAAAGCAUCAAUAAAAAGCUAAAUGAUAGCACGAUAAGUUGUUGAUUUUACAACAACAGCUGACUAAGGCGUCAUUAAGCUUUAGGAUUUACUUUCAAAAAUUAGAAAAGUUUGAUCAAAAUAAUAGUGUUUGAAUUUUAAUUGAACUAAAAACAAAUAACAAAAUCAGUCUGCACUGAACGAAAUCGGACUAUAAAGAAUAUCGGAAAUUCCGAUGCUUUUGCACUACUAGAAAAUCCAAUACUUUUUAUCAGUACUAGAAAGAAUUUAUUCUAUUGAAAUGGUUGAAGGAUUGAUUUCAUUGGAAAUUCCGAUGAAUGCAGUAGUGUGGAAAGUUGAUAUGAUUUAAUAUUUUCACAGAUGAAAUGAAACGGUAUCGUGGGAUCCAAUGAAACUUACUAAUGUUUAUUUUGCUAAAAAAUUGUUUUGCUUUAUUUUACUUACUUUCCUUAAAUAUAGUUCUUUUAAUUAAUUUAUAUACCGCAUCCUCCAUAUCAUGCACUUUUGGAUGUUCUCCGUACUUACAAUACACCUGGUGUUUCUUCCUGUGUUGUAUUGCUCAUUGCCGUGUGGUGGUAUCCAUAAAAUAUGGUUAAUGGACUUUUUUCUGGAAUGUAUUUUAACACUAUUACUUUUCCUUCAAAAUAAUUAAACUAUUUAAACUUACCGACAAAAUAUGUACAUCCUGCCGUAUUGGGACGACAAAAAAGUCCUCUCAUCAUCAAGCUGGAUGUUUUGAUUGACCCACACGAAGCUGCGAAUAAAGUUUUCCCCUCACAUAGAUCGUCUUCUUCUUGAGCUGGAGAAAAAAUUUUAUCGAGCGAAAUUAAAUAAAAUAAAUCCUGCUAUUUCCGCAUUUAUUCAUUCUGGAAUAAAAAUAAUCACAUUAUUACAUUGCAUUGCAGAUCAAAAUAAACUACUUACCAGUAUUUUGGAUUGAGCUUUGAAAAUGAACAAUGAUUAAUUUACGAACGAAUAAUCAUCCUUUUCAGAAUCGAUAUUAUUUAAAUCUAGAGUUUGUUUUGAUUAGGUCGUAUGAACCACUUGACUCGUUUUGAGAAAAUCCCUGUUGAAGUUUUUGAAUCGCAUUUUAAAUCUCGUUUUGUGAAUACUGCUCAAAUUCGUUUGGAAAUUUAAAAGUCAAAGUUAAAAUCGCAGUAGAACAUUCAGAUGUACUCGAAAAGAGUGUCAGUUCAGUGCUUACAUGUAAAGUUGUACUUACGUCCUUUUGUAAUUCUGGUUGGGCACCAACGACAUUUUGCCAAUCGACAAUUUCCAUCCCCAAAACAGAUUCCAUUUGCCUAAUACUUUGCUAGGUAACUCUAAGUUGAUUGGAGGAGCAUUAGAAACCAUAAUCCAAUUCAUUAAGGCACGAAAGUUUCCGCCCAACGACAUCCAAAAUUGUUGCUUGAUAGAAUCGUCUGCUUGAGGAUAAAUUGCAGGCCCUUUCCUGGGACACCGAUGACCAUUCGAAGAAUGCGUAAGUUAUCCAUUGAUUCAAUUUGCUUUGGUUGUAUCUGGAAUAGAAACCGAAUACUGUCUUUUUGCACAGUCAAAAGUAAAGUUUUGUAUGCUCAUCCAACUAUAAAUUAAGCCAUCCUUUCCGAUAAGACACGACUGAAAUCACUCCUACUGGCAGUUUGGUUCGAUUUUUUGUAUUUCACCAUUAAUUUCCAUCAAUUGCCAUGCACUUUUCGCGACAAUGCAUAAACGAC